AUGGUCAACUCCUGUUGUGGCUCCACCUGCUCUGAGCAGGGCUGUGGCCAAGGCUGCUGCCAGCCCAGCUGCUGCCGUCCCAGCUGCUGUGUGUCCAGCAGCUGCAGGCCCUGCUGCCAGUCUGUGUGCUGCCAGCCCUGCUGCUGCCCCAGCUGCUGUGUCUCCAGCUGCCACCGCCCCAGCUGUUGUGUGUCCAGUUGCUGCCGACCUUGCUGCCGCCCCAUCUGCUGCCAGACCAUCUGCUGCAGGACCACCUGCUCCCAACCCUGCUCCCAGUCUGUGUGCUGCCAGCCCUGCUGCUGCCCCACCUGCUGCAGCGGUUCUUGCUGCUGA